UUUGAAUACUUCACAGUAUACAUCGACAAGGACACGACACUCUAAGAUGAAUAUCUGCCAUAUCGUGAUUGUGAUAGCCUUACUGCUCACCGCGGCCAUGGAAACACGUGGAUUUGAUCGCAGCAAUAAAAAAAUUAAAAAAGAACAGUGUAAAGGGAAAUCUUGCUGUCAACUGGAGGAGGGUGAUUUGUGUAGUGUAAAUAAUGGUGACACAAUUCGUGAUUAUGGCUGUUGCAAAGACGAAGGAAUCGAGUGUGCAUUCCACAAACAAGAUGGGAAUAUUAUUUAUAAUCGCUGUCUUGCAGUGGGCGAAGUAUUUACUCAGAACUAAUAUGUUCGAAAAGUUUAUAAAUAAAGUAUCA